GCGGCAUCCUUCGCACUUCCUUAAACUGUCACGGUGGCGGAUUUUUUAGAAAGGAAUAUCUACUUACUGCUCAUUCAAGGUGUGUCUUUGGUCCUCUGUCCUCAUGACUCGGGUCUUUGUGUACGGCAUCCUGAAGAAGGGGCAGCCCAACAACUACCGCAUGUUCGACAACAACAAUGGAAAGGCCGAGUACCUUGGCUUGGCAUUCACUAUCCAGAAAUACCCGUUAGUGAUCACCACCAAGGACAACAUCCCUUUCCUGCUCAACAUCCCUGGCCAGGGUCACCGAGUGCACGGGGAGAUCUACAAAGUGGAUGACCAGAUGCUGAAAUUCCUGGACACUUUUAAAAGCGUCCCAACGUGGUACCAGCGGACGGUGGUCCAGCUGGAAGUGAAGGAGUGGGUGGGGAAGACGGAAGGAGAGGAGAAGGUGUCACCGGGGAGCAUCACAGAUGCGUUUGUGUACACCACCACGAUGUACGAGCCAGACUGGCGCUCGCUGCCGUGCUAUGAGAGCUACGACUCAGAGGGAGAUCACGGGCUCAAAUAUAGGUGUAGAGAAGAGCGGGAUUGAUCUCAUCAUGCUGAUGCAACUGACAAAGUUGCUUUUAUUUUUGUAAUUUAUCUUAUUGCUGUGCACCUAAAACAAUGCCCUGUAAACCUUUGUCAAAAAAAUGAAGCUGUAAUGUCAGACCCUAACCCUAACCCUUUUAAAAAAAAAACAACCUGUUAACAAUGUGUAAUUGUGUAGUGCUGACUACUUGCUGGCAAAUAUCGUGAGCUAAUAGAAUUUUACAUAUAUAUUGUAUGUAAAAAACAAAAACAAACAAACAAACAAAAAAAACCUGCAUGUAGCUUCCAGGUCAAGCUAAUGCACAAGUGCUUUGAACCUGCAUUGUAUGGCCAGCCUGUCCUUCCAAAAAUGUGAUUGCAUAGAAGUCUGUGAGGAAAUGACCCAGCUGCUUACUUGAUUUAUGACCUCACCAAAGAGUUUCCUUGUGUGGUCUCAAUGCCAUAAAUAAGACUAUUAUUUAAUGGCAUAGGUUAAGACAGGCUUAGAGCAGGCGUGUCAACCAUGAAGCCCAGGAACCAGAUUCAGCCCAGCAAAGGCUUCAAAUUUAGCCGACUGGGUGGCUUUGGAAACUUUUACAGCUUUUCACACUGAGAAAGAUCUCAGAUUCCUUUUAAUUCUUUUUGUUUACUACAAUAAAAAAAUGGACUUGUACUGUAAAUAUGCAAUUAAACAAGUUUACACUGACAGAAAGGCGAGUUUUACUGGAUCAUUUAAAUCAAAGCUGAUUGUAUGUGGCCCAUGAUGUAAAAUGAGUUUGACACCCCUGUCUUAGAGCAUUUAUAUCACACGGAUAUGAACUCUGGUGUGUUUAAUCAUUACAUUCCACUUGUCUUUGAUUACCUCUGAAAUAAAAAUUAAU